UUUGGCCCCAGUCUCCUUGCGGCCCAAAAUAAUUAAAUAUAAAGGAGAGAUAAUAAUAGAAAAUUAUAUUAAUAUUCAUGAUUGAUACGACGUCGUUAGUUCCUUCGUGUCCGUAUUAAAAGCAUUCACUUCACUCGUUAAGAGUUGCUCCGAUGAUGUCAAUAAAGUCGUUAUCGAUCCCUCAGACUCUCACCUUUAAAAGCUCUUCAGUUAAUGAAACUGCAAGAAAAUCUACAUGGGCACCCCUCAAAUCCAUAAAAUUUCAAAGUGACCCUUCAAGGAUCAAAGAUUUCUCAGCAAGGUCUAGUUUGAGCUCUGAGAAUGGUGGACUCAAACGGUUCCCAAAUGGGGUUGGUGAAAAAGAUGGAGUCAUCAUCGUGGACCAUGGUUCACGCCGUCGAGAAUCCAAUCUCUUGCUGGGAGUUGGCAGAGCCAUCGAUAAGAGAUGCAUUUGGUUUGUGUGUUCAACAAGGGGCUGUUCGCGUGAUUGUGAGCCCGUUCUUUCUCUUCCCUGGAAGACAUUGGUACCAGGAUAUCCCAUUGUUAACUGCUGAUGCUGCAAAGUAUCACCCGGGUGUAUUGUAUAUAAUAACUGCGCCACUUGGACUGCACAAGCUGCUUGUGGAUGUUGUGAAUGAUAGGAUAAAACACUGCUUGAACCAUGUAGCAGGAGAUGCAGAUGAGUUUGCAGCUUGUGCCGGAACAAGCAGAUGCAAGCUCUACUGAUUCAUGGAAGUAAAAAUUAAGUUUUUGGG